AUGCCGCAGUCAACGCCUGAUUCAGCAAGUCAGCCAUUCCAGGUAGGUUGUGAUUGAAAAAUGCACAGUAGUCAAUAUAGCGGUUUUAUAUACUCGGUUUAUACAAUCUUGUAUUUUCCAAAAACACGAUCGCUUAGCCUAUGAUUUACGUUUCUAUAAAAAUCUACAUCAUAUAAAUGAGUGUUUUUUUGUAGAUUAUCCUUCCGGUCCAACCUACAAGAACGGAUGAAUCAUUUUUUAAAGGAAUCUUGGACAAGAUAAAUGUAGAAUUGCGUGGUGUGGCUAGAAGGGACACGAAUUCGAUGCUUCGAAGUCGCAGUUUUGACAGGCUAAGCAACUUUUCGUACGAGCAGCUGGUAGAAGAAUUAAAGACCAUGUGUCCUAUUACAUAUAAACUAUUAGCUUGUAUGCUGGAAUUAGAAAAUUGUAGCGAGAAAAAGAUUGCUGCGCUAAGUUUGAUAUACGGGGUGAUUAUGUUCAAGAGGUGCAAGGAACUCGGCUUUAUCCAAAGCAUUAACACCAUUAUUCUGUCAGACAGCGGUGCGAACACCGAGGUACUGUAGCCUGAUUUUUUUGCAGGGCAAGCGUUCUUAAUAAAAGCCGCGUUAGAUGUAUAAGAAGCAAUUUUGACUGAAAAUAAUUGCAACUUGCAAAACAAUAGUGAUGAUGUACUGUAUGUCAUUAAAACUGUGCUCAAACUGGCUGUUUAUUAGUACCGGUUAGUACCGGAGAUUUCUAAAUAUUAAUUGAACAUCUUGCCAGUUACAUUGCCGGAUGUUUAAUAACGGCCCAUUUAUUGUUUAUCUAAUAUGAAAAGUCUUAUAUUUUUUUUUUUCAUGAGUUUUCUAUCCUGAAAAACAUUGUCAUUGAUACAGAAACAAUCUUGCUACCCAUUCAUUUUGUUUUUGCCUGCCUUUGGGAGGCAAAUUGUGCAUUUGUGCCUUCGCAAGAACUUUGGGCAAACAGGGAAACAAAAUAUUGCGAUUCACAAAGAUACAUUUCCUACUGUUACCACAACUAUAUUUCCUGUUUCGCCAGGGUAGAAGAAAAAUGUCCUUGUAUUAAUUUAAAACACGCGUGGGAGUGCUUUAGCAGAUAUAAAACGCGAGGUGGAAGCCAAACAUUUUACAUCUGAUAAAGCACGACUACAAGUGCUUUAAAUGGCUUAAAAAACGAUCCAUGUUUAUGAGUUCAUUGGCGAAGUAAUUUUCAAAAUCAACGUUUUUAAGCCGAGAACUGAUCAAAGCUAAAGUAACAUGAAAUUUUAUCACAUAUAUAAACACCAACAACAGGGUUGUAAUUUUCUUUGUUUUUUUUUUAGUUUUUUAAGUAAGUUUAAUCCCAAUGUAUGUGGAUAUGCUAAUCCUCGAUGCUAAUGCCUUUUCAAAUGCUUUUUCAUGUUUGAUUGUGCUUCAACUGCUUCAAAAGAAUAACUGUCUGUUUAAAACUUUUAAAUGUAAAUUUUAAUGUUUAAAUACCACAUACAAAUCACAUAAUUGCAAAUUUUUAGACCUAAUAGAUUGUUAAUUCAACUUUGUAUUUCUGAUUAAAUAUACAGUGUAUUAUAUUUUUACACUCUUUCCAGGAAUUAAUGUUGUUAUUCUUACAUUACUUUAUUUUCCUAUUCAGGUUUAUGAGAGGUUCAACAAACUUGGUAUAUGCUUUGAAAAGACAAUGAAGUACAAGAUUCAAGAUGAGAUUGGCACACAUUUCCUGGACAAGGUGGUUGAGCAAGUAAAGGCAGGAAACACUUUUUCAUUUGUCCUGGAUAACAUUGAUUGGGAAGUGAAGGUGCACGAAAUGCGAUCAGAUAAUCAAAACCAAAGUGUACAUGCUGUUGCAACAUCUUUGGUAUUUGAUCGUGUUUCGUGCAGCCAUUUAGAUGACACAGAGCCGCAGCAGUCUUUAGCCGAGACUGAUAUCAAACAGCUUGUCGAACUGAAUGUUAAUGAUGCUGAACAGCAGCGACAAAGUUACAAGAUGAUAGCAGCUAAAAUCCUAUGUGAGCAAAUCCCAGCAUUCAGCUUUCUUAAGACAUUGGUAAGCAACACCUACCCAUCUUUGAAAUAUGCAGCAGAAUUGAAAGGAAAAUCAACCAUUGUGCCAUUCCCAGUUCUUUUGAAAGAUGAAAAGAAGUAUGCGGACAUUGUUGAUGUCUUCGACCAGCUUGAAACAUGGGUCCAUGAAAUUUAUGCGAAAGCUGGUCAAAUUCCAGAUAGUGAUGGUUCGGUUGAUGAUGAGACUUCUUUGACUGUCGGUCCCACACAGGGUCUAUCUGAAUCUACCUCCCGACCUGACCAACCAUUAUCCCACGUCCAUCCUGUAGCUGAUCCAAAUGACCCAUUGGCUAAUGUUCGGGUGCCUUGCUAUGGUGAUCAGCUCACUCGGGUCCGAAUGGCUGGUGCAAAGGAUUUAAGGGCUGGAUGUCACAGUGCAAGGGAUAGAUUUAACCAUAUUCAUCCAAUAAAAGUUGCAGACUGGCAUUCAAAACGGAGUUUCUUGAAGGUGAGCAAGAAUUAUUAUGUCAAAAUGUCAUAAUCAAUAUUAUUUAACUGCUACUAACAUGUACAUUCUCCUACAGCCCACUUUCAGGGGGCUGUUAUAUUUGACUUGCUGUUUCUCUAGCCGUGUAUACAGCUGUGUUGUUCCAGUGAAAAAUUUCUGAAAAGCCCCAGCCAGUACAAGUCAACAAUAAUACCAUAUUCUCUCUGUUAAAUGAGCUCAGGGGGUUGGGGGAUUUUUUAGACCAUUUGAGAGGGCUUAUUAAAGAGAGGGAUGGACCUUUUUGAGAGAGGGGGGCUUUUUUGGUAAAAUUAUAUGAUAAUUUUCUUUCAGCUCAAAGCAAUGUGUGUAAAACAACUAUUUAUUCUAACAAUUUUAACACAACUCUAAACGUUUUUGGAUGUUCAACUGUAUACUUUCCGACUUUUCAACUAUAUAUAAGUUUUAAGAUGUUCAUGACAAUGUAUUAAUUAAGCAUCAUGUUAUUUUUCCAAAAAGAAAAUAAAUUGGUAGAAAUCUUUACAUGAGGGGAGGGGCUUAAUAAAUUUCUUCACUUAAAAAGGACUCAUUAAUGGGGGGGGGGGCUAAAUGGAGAGGAUACAGUUAAUGUAGCCUGCGAACAGGCUCUUAGAAUUGAAGAGAUUUCAAAGAGAGCCUGUCCGCAGGCUACAGUUCAUGUUAACUAAAGUUAUUUCAUAAUUGUUAUAUACUUUUAUCAUUCCAGUUCAUAUUUAAGAAACUGUAUGGGAAAUCAGGGCGAGCAAAAGGUACAUUGAGAUUCUUCCGUGAGAAAUUACAACGUCGGAAUGUCACUAAGGACAUCAAGCAUUAUGAGGACUGUGAACAGUUGUUUUUUAGUGUGGGUAGAGCUUACACUGUCACAGCCUUGCUACACUUUUUUGGCAUGGCUGGUAUUGAUGAUCCUCCACAAAACCAUCUCUGUCCAUAUGAUGUCAUCGGGGGAUGGGGAUAA